GGUCUCCCACUGGCUGUAACUCUUGCUCUGGCAUUCGCCACCAAGAGGAUGACGAAAGAAAACCUCCUGGUGCGCGUCUUGGGCUCCUGCGAGACGAUGGCCAACUCUUCCAUCAUCUGCACCGACAAGACCGGUACUCUCACCCGCAACGUCAUAUCCGUGGUCGCAAGCCCACACAGGAGCUCUGGUUCGAAUACCCUGUGUGACGAUUUCAGCAUCGAUUAA